AUGGAGUCGCUUGGCGAGGGGUUUGUGCGUCUUGAGACGAUUGGGCGAGGUACCUUUGGAACGGUGUAUCUCGUGCACUCCCAGGCCUCUCCACUGACACGGCCCUCCACCUCACGGCAUGGCGUUGAAGCGCUCAAGAGCAUUGAUCUAGCUCCACUGGAUGAGGCUCGUCGUCGCCGGGCCCUCAAUGAGGCUCGCCUCCUGCAACGGCUUCGACAUCCAUACAUUGUGCGCUAUCGCACAGCCUUUCUGCACCAUUCGCACCUUCGCAUCGUCAUGGAACACUGCCCCGAGGGUGAUCUGGCCCAGGCCAUCGCGGAACAACGCAACCGUGGCUAUCUCUUCCGCCCUGAGCAAGUACUUGAUUGGCUCACCCAGCUGCUCUUAGCGCUCGACUACCUGCACCACGAGUGUCAGAUUUUGCACCGUGACUUGAAAUCGCAGAAUGUCUUCUUGAGCGGGCGUCGCCAUCUAAAGCUGGGCGAUUUUGGUGUGGCAACCUGCCUCAACUCCCCAGACGCCUUUGCAACAACCCUUGUGGGCACACCUUACUACCUCAGCCCUGAAAUAGCUGCUGGUCGGCCCUACAAUCGUAAAUCAGACGUCUGGGCAGCUGGCUGCAUCUUUUACGAGCUCAUGACCUUGCGCCGAGCAUUUGCCGCGCAUUCCGUAACGGAACUGCUUUUGCGUGUCUCAGCCGCAAAGUUUGCGCCACCCUCCUUCAUUUACCCACUCCCGAUGCACCACCUUCUGGAGGGUAUGCUUGCGUCUGAGGCAGCCGCGCGUAUUGAUACGCUAGAGGCUUUAACCUCAGACGUCCUACGCGGUGCACUUCGAAAAUAUGCACGCGCUGCUCGCCCGCUUCUCCUGGAACGAGUAGGCCUUGCCGCCCCAACCAGAACCCCAUCUUCCGUCACCGGCAACAAAGACCCAAGACCUGGCCGGGCGGACCUGCGUGACCGAGCUUGCCAUCAUCUGGGGUUCGCACCUCCGCCCAUGCAACCCACACCUUUGCUGGAAGAGGGAAACGUUGCCCCUGCUGCCGCUCACAAGCCCACAGUACGACGGGAGUCGCCCAUCAACGCCACUGCUUCUCCAGUGCAAGCAUGCUCCCCGAUCCCUCAACAACUACUACAGCGCAGUAGCUCCAACAACGGGUGGAUGAUAGUUUCCCAUCCCCCAUUGACGGAACCAAGCUCUCCACCUUCUCAGACAACAACACGUGGUUGUUCCCCCGUUGAGCAGCUUACUGCCCAACCCAGCCCUGGCACAGCUAUUGAGAGCUCUCGCGGCUCGGACGCCCAAUCAGCGGUCAGUCAAGGCUCAACUUCAUCCGCCGCUACUCAGCGCCAAGCGCCUGCGAAUGUUGUGAUUGAGUUUUUACUGCACCAACAGCGGUUGAACUUGUCCGUUGCGCCCGAGGCACGUGCGUACGAGCGACUCGAGGCUGUCCGUGCCUUGUUAGAGGAACGAGUGGGCGCCUCUCUCGCCGUCACUGCUCACACCAUGAUUGAAGACAUGGUAUACGGUGCAGCAUCCAACAUAACCCUCCGGCAACUGCGCCGCGUCUUGGGUCAGCAGCGAGCCUGCUAUUUACCCCUACUGGUGCAGCUGGUGUAUGCCGAAACAGCGCUGCGCUACCGCGGCCCGGAUAGCGUGACGUUUGUGUCUUGA